AUGGAACAAAGCUCUCCUCUAACGGUUGUACCCUAUCUUGGUCUUGACCGACCACUUCGAAGAGGCAGAAGGCGGCAAGUUGGUAAUACAGCUAAGGCUGACCUCUCAAGCCCUCAUAGAUCUGCCUCGAAGAUCAAAAAUGCAUGCCACCAGUGCAGAGUGAAGAAGACUCGGUGCUCUGGACACAAACCGUGUUACAGAUGCGUACACCGCCAACAGACAUGUACAUAUAUGUCUCCGAUGUGGCCAACUAGCUCUACGUCUACUGUCGCCAAUGAGAGACAGAGGCCAGGCUCCCCCCGCGUACCAUGCAUAUCUCCAGACUUUGCGAUAGAUCCCCUUGGCGCCGAGCCCAAUGUGGCUGCUGGUGAUGGUGGCGAUGACGUUGUCGCAAGUACAGACACGUCCGAUGCUCCCUUGCAGCAAGACCAGUAUGGACAUGUCCACUGGACCUCCUCGGUGUUUGCCUUCUUGAAUAUUGCAAAACAGAAGUUGACAAGCCUGCCGUCUAUGUCUAUUGACUUCUGUGACUAUCCUCUUUCCAGCUCGAGAGCGCUACCUCGAGUGCUACCACCCAAAGCGGUAGCUGAUGAAUUAGUCAAAAAUUACUUCGACUUUGGGCUAAGCACGUCUCGAUUUGUUCACGAGCCCACCUUUAGGCUGACGUACAAAUUGAUGUACUCUGUGGGUUCUGGUGAGGGCCUGCAGCCUGACAGCCUAGUUUUAAUCUAUAUGAUCAUGGCAUUGGGAUCGCAUUACUCUAGAUAUGACAGCGUCUGGUGCGGCUACUCAGCUAGCGUGCAAUUCUACGAGAUGGCCGACCAACAGCUUGCGACGUUACCCAGUCGGAUUACCCUCACCUCUGUCCAAGCCCGCCUCCUUGCAGUUCACUAUCUGCUGAACCAUUCCAGGAUGCAUGAGGCUUGGUCAUUGUUUGGGACGGUCGUGCGCCAUGCUCAGGCGCUCGGCCUUCACUAUCGGGCAAGGAAAGUCCCGCAUAAUUGCAUCGUCCAUGAUAUCUUCGGUCGGCCCUGUGCAAUACAUGAUGAUGAUGUCGACCAAGAGGAGUGUGUCCUUUCCAAUGAUGAGGAUAUAUCCGUCUCCGCCUGUCGUCCUGCGCAACCGAACACUUUGUGUUCAGCUGCGGCGCCUGUGCACUACGCCCGGCUGGCUCACAUUCUGGGGAAAAUUCUUCGACAGUUCUACUCCUUGACGGCCAAGCGGCAAACGCUGUCCUAUUUUUAUGACAUGGCCAUCACCUUUGAAGCAGCGCUUUCUACGUGGCAGUCGACUCUUCCGAAGUAUCUUAACUUUGCCUUGCUGCCAACAUCUGCUCUGUCCGUCACAUUACACAGGCAGGUGUCUACGUUGAAACUGACCUAUGCAUACGCAAACAUUCUCCUAUAUCGUCCGUUCAUGUUGCACUCCAUAGAAAUGGUGGAUUCCGUAAAGCAAGCAGAGUUUGGAAAGUGGGUCAAACGCUGCCAUGAUGAAUCCAUCGCAGCAGCAAACAUGAUUGUCUCCGAGUGCCAAUCUCUUCAGGAACACGGUUUAUUUUCAAAAGCAUUCUGGAUGGUCAAUUAUGCUCAAUUUACUGCCAUCGGAACGCUCUACAUGUACUAUCGUCUCUGGCCCCAUGCUGGUCGUGUCUGGAAGGUCGCCGAGGAAGCGAGAUCCCAAUUUACGGUUGGGGUGGAAGGCGAUCAGAUCGGACAGCGCUACAUCGAGAUCCUGAGCGAAUUUCGUCGCAUCACAUCCAACCACCAUGAACAGCCCGAUAUUCCUGAUAUCCCCGAAUCUAUGGGCAAUAAUCAGCGUUUCGAUAUCUUGGGCCAUAGCCCGGAUGUCCCGUUGUGGUAA